GAGAGCCGCGCUGCCCCCGCCUGGCCUGGCCGCGAUGCCUGCUUCCCCGCCGCCUUCGCCUUCGCCUUCGCCUUCGCCUUCCCCCGCGAAGGCGGAGCGGCGCCGCUGGACCCUGGAGCGCUUCUCGGUCCUCUCCAAGAAAGGCAGCCUCAAGCCCUCGGCGCUGGAGCUGGCCGAGAACGCCCCCGACGCCCGCUACGCGCCUUUCUCGCUCUCGGCGCCCGGCCCCCCGGCCCCGCGCAGCCCGCCUGGCGGAGGAGGAGGAGGAUCAGGCGAAGAGGAGGCGGUGGCGGCGCGGGUGGUGAUGAGCGCCGACUUCCCGCGCCCCUCGGUCAACCUGGACCCGCGCGUCUCCAUCUACAGCGCCCGGCGCCCGCUCCUCAGCCGCAGCCACAUCCAAGGACGGGUCUACAACUUCCUCGAGAGACCCACCGGGUGGAAGUGCUUCGUCUACCACUUCACCGUCUUCCUCAUAGUGCUGGUCUGCCUUAUAUUCAGUGUGCUUUCCACGAUCGAUCAAUAUGCAGCUCUCGCCACAGGGACAUUAUUUUGGAUGGAAAUUGUAUUAGUGGUGUUUUUUGGAACGGAAUAUGUGGUUCGAUUGUGGUCUUCGGGUUGCCGCAGUAAAUAUGUUGGUAUAUGGGGAAGGCUUCGCUUUGCUAGAAAGCCAAUAUCUAUCAUUGAUCUAAUUGUAGUCGUUGCUUCGAUGAUAGUGCUUUGUGUGGGUUCUAAAGGUCAAGUUUUUGCCACCUCUGCUAUCAGAGGCAUUCGGUUUCUUCAGAUCCUGCGUAUGCUUCACGUAGACCGACAAGGUGGCACAUGGCGAUUGCUGGGAUCAGUAGUUUUCAUACAUAGACAGGAACUGAUAACCACUCUGUACAUUGGAUUUCUAGGCCUGAUUUUUUCUUCUUACUUUGUGUACUUGGCUGAAAAAGAUGCUGUGAAUGAUUCAGGAAACCAUGAAUUUAGCAGCUAUGCAGACGCUCUUUGGUGGGGAGUAGUGACUGUUACAACCAUUGGAUAUGGAGACAAAGUGCCUCAGACAUGGAUAGGGAAAACCAUUGCCUCUUGCUUUUCUGUAUUUGCAAUUUCAUUCUUUGCCUUGCCUGCGGGAAUUCUUGGUUCUGGAUUUGCUCUGAAAGUGCAACAGAAACAACGACAAAAGCAUUUCAACAGACAAAUUCCAGCAGCUGCGUCUCUCAUUCAGACUGCCUGGAGGUGCUAUGCAUCAGAAAACCCAGACUCUUCUACCUGGAAAAUAUACAUUAAGAAGCCUUCCAGAAAUUAUCAUUUGAUGUCUCCUAGUCCCAAGCCAAAGAAAACGGGGAUAGUUUCGGUGAAAAAGAAGAAAUUUAAGACAGAAAAAGACAAUGGAUCAACAUCUCCUGAUAAAAUCUUACCUGUUCCACAAAUCACAUUUGACCAUGCAGUGGAUGAUAGGAAAUCUGACAACUUUCACUUGGAUCCCUAUGAUAAUUCUGGACAAAAAGGAAUGUUUAAAUGUUUUGUUCGACAGCAUUCCUGGUCCUCCUUUUCUGCAGAGCAGCCUUCUCCCAGUUCUCCCCCUUCUCCAGUGAAAAGGAACUCUCCAUUUUUAGAUGUAAACACGGGACCAUUCAUUAGGACUAAUAGCUUUGCUGAUGAACUUGACCUCGAGGGUGAAACAUUGCUGACUCCAAUAACACACAUCUCACACUUGCGAGAACAUCACCGUUCUGCCAUUAAGGUGAUACGUCGAAUGCAGUAUUUUGUGGCAAAGAAGAAAUUUCAGCAAGCUAGAAAGCCUUAUGAUGUACGAGAUGUCAUAGAACAAUAUUCUCAGGGUCAUCUGAAUUUAAUGGUGCGAAUAAAAGAGCUUCAAAGAAGGUUGGACCAGUCUAUAGGAAAGCCAUCACUAUUUAUUUCUGUCUCAGAAAAAAACAAAGACAGGGGGAAUAAUACAAUUGGUGCCCGUCUGAACAGAGUUGAAGACAAGGUUGUUCAAAUGGACCAGAAGCUGAACCGCAUCACAGACCUCCUGCAUCACCUAGUUGCCGCCCAACAAGGCAGCCAAGGCAGCAACAAAUCAUCUCACAGGAAUGAUGUUAAUCCUGAACUCUUUCUCUCGAGUAACACGCUCCCUACUUAUGAACAGUUGACUGUCCCAAGGGGAAUACCUGAUGAUAUUUCCUGAUGAAGCGUUCCUUUCUUUUUAAUUGACACUGGAUCUCAUGAAUCUUGAUGAGGGUUGGGGAGAAAUUUGAGCUCAUAAUCAGCCAUACAAAGAAUUAAACAGGUCUGCUAAACCAAUGUUACUAACCUCAGAUGUAUUCUUUUUCCAAAGACAAUGAUCCAGAUGACCACAAAAACCUUAAAGCCUGCACUCUGGUGUUGUUUUUCUUGUUGUUUAUUAAUGUGGUACACUCAUAAGCUCUGUUUUUCCCUGUGUGAAUAAGUUUUUAUCUUACUGCAAUUUGUCACUACACAGUAAGACCAGAAAUGAUGAAGAUUAUGAUGGUGUAGUUAAAAUAUCAGCCAGCUUCUAUGCCCAGUUUAUAACAUCUGCUGCUGCGGGCAAAUCUCUGAAGUUCUGUACAAACUCGUUUGAAAUGGUUUCAUAACAUGGCAGCAAUUCUGCCAAUAUAUUUGCACCCUAUGUUUCUUCAGUGAUCUUGAUACUUGAACUUAGAUGGCCAUGUGUAUAUUCUGUUUAUGACUCUGCUGAUGGCAAUAGAGAUCUACUAUAGAACUAGAUUCCUGAAGGAAAAUAAUACAUUGUGAAAACAUACCACUGCUAUUCUAGAAAAUGGCAGAAGCAUUGAAUAAUACCCCACUCUGCCCCUCUGCUUAUUUUUUAGCCUGUUACAUUAAUCUAGUGAAUGCAGGGUCAAUGUUUUUUUUUAAAAAAAAACUGUUUUUCUUCAAGGAAGAACUGUUGCUUUAGGCUACAACAGCAAUGUUUGUGAAACAAAGCAAUGUAAAUUUCCUUUUGUAUGGUAUCGUGAUUUCAUGGGGACACUAAAAUAUUGUGACAGAAAAUGUAGGGUUUUUUUAGUCGUACAGCUGCCAAAUUAUUUAUACAUAGUAUUUAUCACAACCACCUGUGUGUGUGUUUGUCCUGAAAGAGAUUUCAAAUCAGUUGCUUUUUAUACUGAGAUAAGUCUAGUUUAUUUCUCAGUGCACUGUAAUAAACACAAGUCUAGCUUAACUGGAUCUUAUUGGGUAAGGGCUUGAAACUGCUACUUGCGGGAAAUACUUUCAGUAGCUUUAGUCAUGGGGGACUUCCAGCCAAAUGCACAUUUAUUUCCUUGUUGGCUGGCUCACCUCUACAUUAUGUUCCAAAAGGGAAUGGGUGGAUCUUCCUCAUGGUAAGAUGCACAAACCUUUCGAUCUGUUUAGCUGUACAAAAAAGCCCUGCUUGUUAGGUGUAGAAGUACCUUUCUCUUUACUUAACUAAUCACCUCUAAGGGCUGGUUUUGCUAUACACAUCAGGGAAUUGAAGGAAUGGGUCACCUGUUCAUCUUCAGGUCCUGCUGUGUAAAUAUAAAAAAUCCAUCAGAUUGUGACCAGAAGGGCUGCCUAUGCCUAUGCCCCUUGUGGAAUGUGGCUUCUGGGGGAAUUUGUUUUGUUUGUGUCUUUCAAACAAAAUUUCUAGCUGCCCUGGAAAAUCAGCUUGAAAGUGUAUAAUCUGCCCUUGUAGAAAAUUGGUGGCAGUUGUAGGAUGGCUCUGUUACCCCACUUUAUCUCAAAGGUAAUCCUUUCAAUGAAAUAGACAUAUAUAUUUAGCUGUGAGUCAUGAGGGAAUGCCUAUAUCAGUUUCAAAGCACCUCUGAGAAAUUAGAGGGAACUGGAGAAAUGGGAAGAAGGCCCUCAGAGCUAUGUGAGUUUACACUGACUUCUAGAAAUAUCUGUGUUUUUAUACAAUCAUUCACAAUAUUUAUAUAAUUCUUCUUAAUAAGCACAAACUGAAAUCCUGGUCUUUCUAUUUUAUUUUCAUUUCAGGGUAGUGAAUAUAACAGUUAAAUAUGUGUUAGCAUAUUUGCGUGCACAAGGAACUGAUCUAACAUAUGACCUGUGUCUGAGAAUACAAGCACACCAUGAUAUUCUUAGUAAUCCAGAAAAAAUGGCAACAUGGAAUACCUCUUACCAUUCAGCCUAUCUACUGUAUAUACUCAUGUAUAUAUAUUUUUUUUACAAAAAAUCAAAACAAAAAACCUGGGUCAAUUUGCAAAUGGGUCAAUUCUUGAAUAGAGACCCAGCAUGAAGACACCAUCUUCACCAUUUUUCCGUGCGAGUGGCAUAAGGACUCACUACAUAAGCCUCUCUGCAGAGAGACUGCAGCAGGCAUGUAUAAUAAUCCUCUAUUUAAAAUGGUUUUGCAGAGGUUUAUGCUGUAAACAUUUUUCAGGCUACUCCAAAUUGCCGCUGAUUAUUACUCAGGUGAAAAAAGAAUGGAGGGGAAAGAGAAAGGCCUUCCUUUAUUUUUCCAGUAUAGAUAAGGGAACUAACUGUGUUUCUAUGGCUGUAGAUCAUCUGUACAAAUACACUUUGUGAUCAGUAAAGCAGUUUACACCCUCUCUGUUGUAAAGAGAUCUUCUCCUCUUUAGCUCUUCUUAUAUGUGUUCCCUCUAUACAUUUCUAAAAGGAGAGGAAAAGAUUGCAUGCCCCCAAAUUCAUCCCCCAAAUCUGUCCUUGACUUCUCCAUGAGGUCAGCUUAGACAUGAGUAUACAUGAUGGCCUCCUUGAAUAUAUCAACUGAAUGGAAUGGUUUGGAUGGGGAAGGUGUACAACCUUUUCCUUUUCCCUAUUGAUGACUGUGAUUAUUCUGUUUUCUUGGCAUGCAUGAUUACAAUUCCUUUCUUCAGGAGUAGAUUCCAUGCAAUUAACAGAAACACCAUGUUAUUGAAAAAUUCUACCUCCCGGUCCAGUGUUGUUAUGGCCCAGCAUGUCAUUUCCCAGUUACAUGCAUGACCAACACGCCUGUAUGGAGAGAUCCACUGUCUGAAUGACUUGCUGACUUUGCCAGCCAGGAGACAGGUACUUCCAGAUUGUACUCAUGCCAGUGGCCUCAGCAUCAAUCAGGACAAAGACUCUGCAAUACAUCCUACUAAACAGCAUUUCUUCCAUUGUGUUGUAGAAGAAGGAACAGGCAGUCCUCUCUGUGAGAACUACUUCACAUACAGUAGCUAGUACACAGAGUGCUCAGUGUGCAUCAAUGCCCUUCGAAGUGUGAUGCAGCUUUUGCUUUUUCAUCUUCCAAUGCCUAUAAUGGAGGUGCAGUUGAGAAAAAAAAAGAAUUUCAUGUUAUUUUAGAUGUCCUCGUUCUAGCCCUGUCAUUAGAUCGCAUGAGGAAAGUACCUCAGGUGGCAAAUAUUUUUCAUGGGUUUUCCUCUGUUCCCCUCUCUUACAAUUCAGAGAUAUAUAUGCCACCUACUCUGUUCCAGGGCCCUUAAACUUGAUGCUACCUCAGGUAGGGUGGAAGACACAUUCUUAUUGUUAGCAUUUCCAACAUUUAGCUAUAAUUUCAGCCCAUUUCAACAGACUUGGCAUGGAGUACAUUCUUCUUUGUUGCAAUUUAACUUAGGAUGACCCUGCAUGGGUCACUGUGGCAUUUUGGUUCAUUUGAUGCUGAUGAUGAUGAUGAUGAUGAUAUUUCAUACCCCUUUCAUGUUUUAAUCAGUCAAUCUAUCCUUUAGAAAUAAUCCUGAUAGGCCUACCAGAAACUUUUGGAUUUAGAUACUGUUUUAAAGGCAAACAUCAUAUCCAGUUGACAAAUCCCCUGUGGCAGAUCAUUCCACAAAUAGUCGCUGGAGAAAAUGUCCUCUGGAUAAAUUAACCUAAUUUCGAUUGAAUGAAGUAGAUGUCCCUCAAAACAUCUGAUUGUACAGAGUGGAACAUCUGAGCGUACAGAAUGGAGAAGCCAACCCCAUACAUAACCUGGACUCAAACCAUAUAGCGUGUAGAGGUAACACUUUGUAUUUUGCCCAGUGCAUAGUAUAAAUUUAAUGUGUAAAGGAGCCCCUAAGGGAGGAGUACCAUGGAAAAUUCAUUGCCCAGUGGAGACCCAACUAAUAUGAAAAACAUUGAAAUAAGUAUUACACAGAAACUUAUAGCAGCAAAGUUCCACCACUAUAUUUUGAAAAACGCUUUCCAAAAUCAAGUCUGACAAAUAUAACUCUAGCAGGAAAAGAUGUCAUAAAGGUUUUGGCUGAAUCCUAUUAUCCAUUUUCCAAUCAUUUCUGUGUGCUUUGACUAAGACCUGAAAAUCUAGCAUUAUCUGUUGAUCUGUAUCUGCUUGGUUCACUCUAAAUUGACAUAUCCUCAUGUUUUGCCUUCAGUAACACAAUUUCUUUAUUAUAAUAAUAAUUAUUAUUUAUUUAUUUAUUUAUAUACUGCUCUAUCUCCCCUGGGGGACUCAGGGCAGUUUCCAAAUUGUAAAAACACAAACCCAUACAGAGUAAGCAAAAAAAACCAGAACAAAACAGAACAAUACAAUACAAAAGCAUACAAUAGUCAAACAACACGUGUACAAUAAAACCAAUCGACCUUAUGCUUCGUUCCAGGAUUAACUAUUAGGGCCAGAAUUUCAGAAAGGACCUAGGCAGUUUGGGAUGGCUGGGCUAGAGGUAGUGCCAAGUAAGCCAUAGGGGGUCAAGGAAAUGGGUAAAGCACAGUAACCAAACUCAAACAGUAGUACCAAUGGGGCCUGUAGAUGCUCAUUUCCUAAACCAAUUGAGAAACUGACCAGGGUAAAAGGUAGGGGUAAAGGGCCAGAUUCUAACUAGUGGUCAGGGGGCUGAAGCUCAUUCUCAAAGACCUGGUGAAACCACCAAGCCUUCAAGCUCUUACAAAAAGAGGAGAGGGAUGGGCCUGUCGUAUUUCCCUGGAGAGGGUGUUCCAGAGGCGGGGGGCCACAACCAAGAAGGCCUUCUUUUGUCCAUCCUGGACAAUUUCAUUUAAAGAAUGCGCUGUCUGAACCUUCUCUGUGUUUGUCCUGAAAGAGCUUUCAAAUCAGUUGAUUUUAUACUGAGAUAAAUUUAGUUUAUUUCUCAAUGUACUAUAAUGAGUACAGGUCUGGAUUAACUGAGAUGCUAGACUUUCUAAAAUAUUGUGCAGCUCUCUCUUUCCUUUAUGUGAAAAUGAAUAUUAAACUAUGGCACUAAAAUGGCACUCCCAACCAACUUCUGUUUCAAAACUCAUAAAAUCAGAGUCCGUAAAAAUCAUCAAAAUCAUGAUGGCAGUGGUGAAAGAGAUGAUAAUAUUAUGACAAAAUAGUGGGAACGAGUAAGAAGAAAAGAGAAAGUUAUACAUUUUAUAUAUCUUUCUAUCAGACUUUUGCUUUUUCAUAUUUCACUCAUAUUUUUCUUCUAGGAAUAACUAAACUAUCUAAAUUAAGGUGUCUUUCUGUUGUUUAUUUUUUUUAAAAAAUCAUAUCCCGAGACUUCAGAUGUCCAAGGCCUUGUUUGUUUUGAAUAUUUGCAAAAUAAAGAAAUUGUAAAAUAAAAUGUAUCAGAUAAAGUAAAUAAAGCAAGUUCUUGACUUUUCAGUUCCAUGUAUUGUAAUAGGACUGAAUGCUAAACAUGCCGAUGCAAAGUGAAGGAAUCAUAACUGCAUAAUACUGUUCUUUAGUUUUGAAAAAAAAAGUCCUGAAAUGGCACCAGAAUUGACAGUCUGGUUUUAAGGUAUACGAUUGUGAAUUCACAAGAUCUGACUUAUAAUGUGAUCUCACAGGCGCAAAAGAAAGCGUCCUGAAGAGUGGGGGCCCAUUUUACCCCAGCAAGGUCUCUUCAGGCAUAACUAGCCAUCCCCUGAAGUUUCCCUGUCUUCAUCUGGCUUUCAUUCACUUCCUGCUACUUUAGUCAAUCAGAAGUCUGUGAACACCUGACUCCUAAAAAUUGAAUCUUCUUAUGGUCUUUGCAUGCUGCCAAGAUGGAUUCCUCUGUGGGACUCCACUUUGCCAGCAUACAAAGACUGUAGAAAAAUGGGUGAAAGUUAAGGUGAGAAACAUCCCUAAACCAAGUGGUUUUAUUCACUGCCUCAAAGGUAAGAUCCAAAGUGUAACUUCUACAUUUAUGAAGUAACAGGAAUUGCAAUCUUGUUUGAUGUUCUUUCUGUGUGUUCCCAAAUGGUUACCAAGAGUGGCCAACUAGAUACUUCUGUAAAAGUCACAAUCAUACAAACACACACAAGUAUAUUUAUAGGUAUCAAUAGAGCUGUCUUCCAUUAAUUUGUCUAAUCCCCUUCUCAAACCUUACACACUGGUGGUCAACACCACAUCUUUGGCCAGAACAAAACCCUUAUUUGUUUGUUCACAUCUUAAUUCAUAACUUAGUUCCAAAGCCAAAUAUGGGGUUCGACUAGCCAUCAGUAGUCCACCCAGUUCCUCCUGUGCAUUGGGCAAAAUCAGUACAUUUCAGUGAUGCCUGCGUAGGAAACUUUGAAGUGUAUUAAAACUGCCUUAGUGGCAUGCAGAAUCCACUGCCAGAAACAACAUCUCAUAUUGAUUCACGGUUGCCUCAUUGGUACACAACAGAUAUAUGUGUAGCAUGAACUUUCUAGGAAUUUAAGAAUUUUGUUUUUCUUUUCUAGAUAAGAAAACACUUCUUCAAACAUCUCUAAAAGAAUUGUAGCAUUUGUUUAGAAUUACUCACUUUUCCUGUGUACAGUAGACACAUUUUAAAGGGUGGAGACACUUUUUAAAAACUCUUUAAGUGGAAAUUACUCUGUGGCAUUAUAUUUUAUAAGAAAUCAAAAGCGACAAACUGUUCUGAUUUUGAAUCUGCUUUUAAAAUGAUGUUCACUAUUGUAAUUUGAGAUUGUUAAUUUCCUAAUAAAAUAUAGAACAAGAA